GUUCCAUUUUGCUCAGGCGUCCUCGAUUUGUCCAUUUUACAAUUAUUUUUUUUCACUAUUGUACAUACAUGCACUAUAUUUUAGCUUGACGUGAUAUUUAUUGUUUUUUACUGACGAAAUAAGUUAUUUAAAAAUUGUUUAGAGUUGAGGCCAUUAGAAAGGAAAGAACAUUAGUGUGACGGCAAACUAAAUUGAUCGCGGCCAAAAGGGCGCCUCUGUUUGAAAAACACGGCCCUGUUGUUGUGUUAAGUGUCGUGCCGCUGUCACUUUUCUUGCUCAUUUGCCGCCCAUAAAGCAGACAACUGUGCAGUUAUGGGUGUGCAGGAUUUAUGGUCUAUCAUUGAACCAGUUCGGGAGUCGGUCCCACUGUACAGUUUGAAUGGAAGGACGCUAGCAGUUGACCUCAGUUUGUGGAUCUGUGAGGCCCAGCACGUCCAGGGAAUGAUGGGAAGAGUCACCAAGCCACAUCUGAGGAAUCUAUUUUUUCGGGUCUCUUCGCUUACUCUUAUGGGAGUGAAACUUGUCUUCGUCAUGGAAGGAGAGGCUCCUAAACUGAAAGCCGAAACCAUGAGCAAGAGGACUGCAAACCGAUUUGGAGGGCCCAACAAAGGUGCGACCAAAUGCUCCUCAAACACCAACAGAGGGCGCUUUAAGGCCGUACUGCGAGAGUGUGCAGAGAUGUUGGACUAUCUGGGUGUGCCAUGGGUGACCGCUGCAGGGGAAGCUGAGGCCAUGUGUGCGUACCUGGACUCGCAUGGACUUGUGGAUGGUUGCAUCACCAAUGAUGGAGACGUCUUCUUGUAUGGCGCACGGACGGUCUACAGAAACUUCAAUAUGAACUCUAAAGACCCUCAGGUGGACUGUUAUAAGACCUCACGUGUCCAGUCAGAGGUGCAUCUUUCCAGAGAGAACAUGGUUGGUCUGGCAAUCCUUCUUGGAUGUGAUUAUAUUCCCAAGGGAAUCCCUGGAGUUGGUAAGGAGCAAGCUCUAAAGCUGAUCCAGACACUGGAAGGGCAAACACUUCUGCAGAGGUUCACGCUGUGGAAGGACGAGGUGGAUUGCGUGUCUCAAGGAGUUGUGAAGAAGGUUCCUCACUGCCACAUAUGUCGACAUCCGGGCUCGGCCAAGGCACAUGAACGCAGCGGUUGUGCGCUUUGUGACAGUCACCGAUUCUGCCAACCUCAAGAUUUCGACUACCAGUGUCCAUGUGACUGGCACCGCUCCGAACUCACCCGCCAAGCCCAGUCCGUCGAGACAAAUAUCAAAAGGAAAGCCCUGGCAAGUCAACAGUUCCCGUUUACAGAGAUUAUCAACGAGUUUUUGAUUUGCAAGGAUAAAGCAGUUGCAAACUUCAAGAGGAGGCAGCCAAAUAUGCUGUCAUUGCAGAAAUUUGCACAUGACAAGAUGGAGUGGCCAAAGCACUACACCAGUAAAAAGGUUUUGGCUCUGAUGACUUACGCAGAGCUGAUGAACAGGACGAGCGGGAGAGCGAUGUCAUCACAAAUCAAGCCCAUUCGAAUAUUGAAACCACGCGUGAGAAACUCAGUCCCUUGCUUCGAAGUCCUCUGGAAUACGCCAGAUCAUUACGUGUUUCCUGAGGAUGGGCCGGCGGAGGAUCAGCACCAGGUGAGGUCCGUAGAGGAGCAGUCCCUCUUCUGUGUGGCCUUCCCCGAGGUGCUGGAGAGCUACUUGAAGGACAAAGCCUUAGCUGAAGAGAACAAGAACAAGAAACGAAAACCAAAGAAGGAAAAGGACAAGCCAUCUGAUGGACCUGAUGAUGUUUUGGACCUCCUGGCUCGGAUGAGCCUUCAAAGCUGCUCUCCGGAAAAGGCCAACUUGCAAAUAAAACCGAGAAAAACCCCACCCGCCAUGACUCUGAACACACAGGAAGUGGUGGUUUUGGACACACCUGUAGGCCAGAAACCGCACAAUGAUUCUCCCAGAACUCCUCAGGCUGCCGCCUCGCCGUCUGACUCCGCCAUUAUCGACGCUCUCCACCUGAGUGACAUCGACUGGGAUGCUUUGUCCUUCACGUCCACCCCGCCCCCUAAAACCACCAGUGAUGACAUCAAGGAGAAAACCUCUGAACCUCAGUCAGACCGGUGUUUCAAUGAGUGUCCUUUAAGGGAGAGGCUACUCAUGAGGAACGCCACCAGAACCAUGGAAGUGGUCUCAAAGCAACUCGGCUACACUGAACCCAUUCCCUCACAGAACUCCGCUUUGAAACUAAAUGCACAAGACAGCGAUGGCAGCAACACAUCAGGGAAACCAUCUUCUAGCAAAAUAAAGCCAGAUGAAGCACAAAGCCAGACAAAGGUGGACAAAAGACCUCCUCACAAGUCUAAAUUUGUCUGGAAACAGCAGCGGUGCCAUUCGGAUCCAUGUCAUGGUGACACAAACAGAAACGUGACCGCCAAGAAGAGCGUCUGCAUGAGCGUGUGUUCAUCCAGCGAUGACAGCGACACAGAGAACCGGCAGACUACAACUCGGAAAACUACAAAGCCCUUACACAAGCUCAAGGGAAGGAUCCUAUUGGAUGUCCCUCUGAAACCUGUUAGCAGACCACAGAAACCCACCAGCAGUGUCCCAUCCUCCAAAUGUGAGCAGAGCGUCCAGAGUCCAAUAAACGCUAGAAGCGGUUCUCCAGUGGAAGCGGCUGGUCUUGAGGACGUGUUCCCUUCCUCCCCGGCAUCCCCCGUAGUCGUGUUGGACAGCGAUGAUUCCCUCGUCUGUGGGGGGGACAGCCCUUUGCCGCUGGCAGAACGGCUCAGGCUCAAGUUCAUGCAGUGACAAAAGCAGCAUGCAAGAAGAUGCCUGGAAAAAUUCAUCAGAAUUCAAGCUGUGAACCCAUAAACCCCCGGAGAUUCCACCGCGUAUAAAAAGUCGCUCGCCUAAAAAAAAAAUCACUGAGAGAAUCUUGUCUGCUGUCAUCAUCUCUGGAUCUGGGGAUAUUUUCUUACAAUGGACCUCGAGGCUAUAACGUCC